AUGCUCCAGCUCACGUUCUUCAAAGACAGCACAAGAGGACAACAGCCCAGCAGCCAUUCUACUACAACAGCUUCAGGCGCGUCCACCAUUCAUAGCGACGUACAUGAGGGUGACAUCACACACUUUGCCCAGGUUGGCUUCGACGCCUUAGUCCAAUCGCUUGCGGUCCAGCAAGGGUUUCAGGCGGAUGUCAUCAGGACCGUUUACAAGUACCUCUCAAGCUAUGAGAAAACGGUUGAGGUCAUUGAGGCGAUGAGGGAGGCAGCCGAGGUGCACGCCGUUGCUGAGAUUCUAAGCAGGACAGAGGACGAUGACGUUGAGGACGACAGCAUUAUGGAUGAUAGCGUCAAGGAAGACAGUGUCAAAUCGGAGGAGGAGGAAUAG